CGCGACUUCGAUUUUGAAAUAUGGGUGACAGUACGGCAACAACAAACAAAGAUCCCUCGUCUGAACAUAUCAACUUGAAAGUUCAAGGACAAGAAGGUUCAAUUGUGCACUUCAAAAUCAAGAAGACCACUCCUCUGCGGAAGCUUAUGAAUGCAUACUGCGAGAGGAUGGUAUGUUGAAUUCUCUGGAUAACAUUAUGAAAUGAAGGGGUACCAGCCGAUGUCUGUUCGAUUCAUUUUUGACGGAAACAAUGUCCACGACACCCACACUCCUGCAUCUGUAGGUUGUUGGUUAUUAAGGACCGAUUAACCGUUUGUCCAUUACCUAGUUGGAGAUGGAAGAAAACGACACAAUCGAAGUUUUCCAGGCACAAACCGGCGGUUGUUAGACUGGGAGGAUUGAGCUAAGCGUCAAUGACUCGCUACCUAAGAUUAACUACUGCCAUUUGAGACCCCAUCCACAAUUAUUUGUACUUCUGUAGCCCAACGGGCGACCAUUGCAAUACAAGCAUUUAUUCACA